CAGACGUAUGUGUGGACGUUUCAUCAGGCACCGAGGGUCCAGUCUAACCAGAAGGAAUCGCGCAAAAGCCAAGACGCAUAAACAGCCCUGAAAAUAGCUUCUGUAGCCGAUGAUUUGGGGGAAAUGGCGGCAGAUUCACUGUUACAUUUCCAUGAUCAGUUAAAUCAACCUGAUGGGAUAGGACCUUGUUCUGGGGAGAAUAUUUGCAUCGAUCAAGAUGAAGAGCUUGAUAACCUCUUCCAUGAGCUGGACGAUAUAUUGGAUGCCGAUGACCUGCUUCAUUCCCUGGAGACUUUUAACUAUGAUGGCGACAUUGAGGAACUGGACUUUGAUACUGAUUUUCGUUUCUGGGGCUGUAACCCUCUUUAUAUGAAGAGCAACAGCUGUAGCACAGAUGCAGGAAUGGCCAUGGGCUCCCUAGCCUCAUGUGCCUGGCCAAGCCCCGUCUCUACCCCCAGCCCAGCGGGGUCUCCGUCUCCCCACAGCCUGCAUGGCGAGAGCCAGGUCCCUCCGUCCCAGAUGCUCCCUGUGUCCAUUCCUUCGGAGUCGAGUAGCUGCUCCGGCGUCAUUCAGGAGGAGAUGCAGCAGAGGCAAACCGAGCGGCCUACCAGAGUCAGAUCGGCACAACUUUCAAAGCCUCCUGUGCCAUUGGCCCCGAAGGUGGCCCUGCCACUUGAGACUGUCAUCAGCGAUAUCCCAGUUCCCCAAACCACUGCUCCUCUCCAGCCCAAGAUCGUUAUGAUUCAUACACUGCAGGCGACGCCCGUGACCACACUGCCACCAGUGGCAACACAGCCGGCACACCUUACUGGACAUGCGGUGAUGCUAUCGCAGCCGGCCCAGGUGGUCCAGAUGUGUCCUCAGGUGAUGUCAGCCCCGCCCAUGGAUCACAUGCCGGCCCACGUGGUGACUGCACUGGCGACAAUCUGUGACCCAGUGGGCCUCCCGGGGGGGCGGGCCUUCCAGACAGAGACUCCGCCCCUUAUGACAUCAUCCUUGCGGAAUCCGGGAACCAGAGAGGAUGCAAGUCAUGUUUCUGCAACAAGGCAGCAGCGAUUGAUACGAAACCGCGAAUCUGCAUCUCUGUCUCGAAAGAAGAAGAAGGAGUAUCUGGUGGGGCUGGAGGCCAGGCUCCAGGUGGCGCUGUUUGAGAACGAGAAGCUGAAAACCGUGAAUGGGACCCUGAGGAAGCAGCUCGAGGGUCUUUUGAAUGAGAAUACCAGUCUGAAGUCAAGUUCCCCCAAACACCGAAAUCUUUGUCUCUUGGUGGUCCUGCUGUUUCUUGCGCUGAGCGUCGGUCCAGUGAGCCUGCGUCAGGGUGAACAUAUCUCCGAGCUCUCAGCUUCGGCCACUCCCACUCAUACUGGUCGGCAUCUGUUGGGCUUCUCCGUCCCUGAAACAUCUGACCCCCUGAGGGACCAUCGCCCUGACAGCUCUGCAUACUCCAUGUCAGAUGAAAAAGCACUGAUGAUGGUAAAGAGGUAUCCCACAAUGCCUUGCCAGCCAGCUGUCAACAGAACCAAGUUUCUACAGAUAUCUCAUGAGCUUCGAGGGUGGGUCAGUCGACACGAAGAGGAGAGAAUAAGAUGGAUGGAAAGAAAGAUUGAUGGAAGGCAAUUCAGCAUGAAAUCGGCUGAGAAAACAUCCGAUAAGACCAGCGGGGAUGCGAUUCUCUCCAUAAGCUCCCCAGAUUUGUCUGAAAAGAACUCCAGUAAAGAGCUCCAGGUAAACUAUGGCCCCUAUGAAAGGUACAGGGAUCUAUUUGAGAAGACCCGUCGGCACAACGACACCUUCUACGUUAUCUCUUUCCACAGGGAGUACCUGCUUCUCCCAGCUACCCACCACAACAAAGGAACCAGACCAAAGAUGUCAGUGGUGCUGCCAGCAAUGAAUGAUAGCAUGAUAAAGGACAAUGGACAUGAGGUGAUGAUGCAAAUUGACUGUGAAGUGACAGACACCAGGAUCCUUCACAUGAAGACCUCCAGUGUCCCAUUGUUCCUGCGUGUCAAUCAGACUGGUUCCACCUACCGUUCUGAUCCAGCUAAUGGUCAGGUUGCCCCCGCUGUGGGGGUCCUUAUGCCUUCUACUUCACCAACAUUAUAGAGAUAAAAACAAAUGUUCUUUGCUAAAAAUAAAAAUUUCAGUAUAUUAUUUUUUACUUUGUGUCUUUGUGUCUUUUUGAGUCUGUAAACAUUUUGUUAAUAUUUAUCAGUCAUUACUGUCAUUUUUGUUUCUCGAUCUCCUGAUUUACUUUAUUUUGACAGCCUUUUUGCAAUUAUAUAAACCCAAAGAAUGUUCCCUUAGUAAACUGGAAACGUUUUCAUGUAUCUGAAUAGACUUCUUUUUUACAGACAAUAAGUUCUUUGUAAAUUAUUUCCCAGAAUCCUCAUGAACACAGGUCGCUUUGUGCUUAAUGCUAGUUCUUCUCAAUGGGCUUUAAAUGAAUUCUUGAUACUGUGACCAUUUCAGGUUUGCCGGAGUAUAAUUUGCCCUUUAAGGCAUUUACGAAAUCCUAAAAUGAUUAUAACUGUAUCAAACAGGGCAACUAUUUAUAAUGUGGUACAGACCCUCUUGUGAGGAAAGGCACAAGCCAAUGCUACAGUUGCACUUAGUGUAAAUACAGGUAUAACGGCACUAAACCUGCAUCUACACAGUGUACGCAGAGCCAGCAUGCCGUUCUUUAAAUGAAUUCUGCCAGCUCACUUUGAAAUUUCUUAUGUCAGUGAUAUAUUCCUCGGAAUGCACUUCCUGUUUUUGUGCCACGUAAAUUAUUCCAUAACUAAUGCCUUUUGCACUGUGAAGUCUGUCCUGUCAUGAAUGUUGCAUUGUGGGAUCAGGAUGAACAUUAUUUCGUUUUACCCACAAAGCAUUUUAUUGUAUAUGGCUGAGAUGGCAAUAAAGCUUUGCUUUUUUGAAUAAACACUGAGACAUUCUAGAUCCA